GCGACGCCGGCCACACGUGUAGCGCGCGGGGCCAUGGUCGCGAGAACCGAUGAGAUGUUCGGCUGCUAUGGUGACAGCUACUCGUAUCGCCUGUGGAGCCUGGCCAACGUUUGGGGCUGCCGCUGUGAGUAAUUAGCCCGCGAGUGUGGUGAAACGUGCUAGAUGAAAGUGCAUAGCCCGUAUAUGGGAGUUGGCGGUUGGUACGAAUGCUUUGCGGCCGGUUGGCUUGCGGACAUGAGGAGUAAGCAGGUCCCGACUUCCACUACAUCGGCCAGGCGGCUUGCUGCCUUAAUCCGUCCACUGGCGAGUGGGGGUUCGGACGGCAAGCCGGAGGAGGAAGACGACCGGGGCUCCUCUCCACUGGGCCCCGGCGGCCCGUUCAGCUGCAGCCAGUGCCGCGGCGCCUACCCCACGCGGGAGCAGCUCGAGAAGCAUGAGACGCUGCACUCCCCGAGCACUCAGGUGGAUACCGUCCAAUAUACUUGCAAGAUAUGCCACAAGAGCUUCGCGAAUGUGUACCGACUGCAGAGGCAUAUGAUAAGUCACGACGAGAGCGCCAGCCUGCGGAAAUACAAAUGCAACGACUGCGAUAAAGCAUUUAAAUUUAAACAUCACCUUAAAGAGCAUUUAAGGAUACACAGCGGAGAAAAACCCUUCGAAUGUGCGAACUGCGGAAAGAAGUUCUCCCACUCAGGGUCUUAUUCUUCGCAUAUGACCUCUAAGAAGUGUCUCGUAAUGAAUCUUAAGAUGGGCAGAAUUAAACCGACCAAUCCUGCCCUCAACCCCGACCGAAGUCCUUCGAGAAAGCGAGCAAAUGCGAUGGUCGCUUCUCAACUCAAUAAUAACCUUACACCGAACGGUAAUUCAUUUUUACCCAUAUUACCGAAAUACAAUGAGGCCGCUGCAUUCUUUGCAUCGAUGUCCUCACAAGAGGCGAACUAUCACCGCCCACCUUUAGGACAACCGGGACUUAAUCCUUUCUAUAUGCCUCCUGGAAUGCCCAUGAGCCCAGAGAGCGGAAUAGCUCCAUAUAGUUUCCCCGCUUCCUUAAGUCAGUUAUUCCAACAACUAGCUUCUCAGCAAUAUCAACAAAGGAAGAUAGAGAGCCCUAAUCUUAAACAAAUGAAUCAAUCCCACGGCGAUCCUGAGGAUUUAAUUGAAGAGGUAACCGAAGAAGAUGAUAAAAGAUCAGAAGGUAGUGCAGAACUCGUAAUGGAUAUAGAAGAUGAAGAAUCUGUAUCUGUUAAAAAAGAAAAAACUUUAGAUAAUGAUGUAAGACCACCUUCCCAUGAUUACGAAUCCGUCCCAUUAAAUAACAACGGCCCAGAUGUCGACAAUAAUCAUGCAGGUUUUAAUUCUAUAUUAGAAUCAGUGAGUGCUUCUGUUAGCAAACAUUUUUUCAGAACUAAUAUGGAAAAAUUAUCACCCGUUUCCGGGAAUACCUGUCCAAGUAUAGAAUCCCCACCAACGCCUCAUGUGAUCAUAAAGAAUGAACCUGAAGAUACUCACAGGUGUGUGAAGUGCAAUUUGACAUUUAAUAGCAAAAAUGACUUAUUGGAACACGAAAAAUUACUGUGUGGAAGUGUGUUCCGCAAACAUGAGAGCUUAGCCGCACAAGUUGCAGAGACAGUAGCAUUGAAUAGGCUAGAAGCUGAAAUGCGAGCGUCCAUACAGAGCGGUGUUAGUGCUAGCGAAGAUGAAGACUUUGGAAAAGAAGAUCGUGACGAUAAAUCUCUACACGAUAACGAUAGAAAAAUCAGAGUGCGAACUGCUUUAACUGAAGAACAACAGGCUGUGUUGAAGAAACAUUAUGCUUACAAUCCCCGGCCAAACAGGGAAGAGUUUAAGAAAAUCGCUCAUCAAAUUGGUCUCGAUAACAGGGUUGUUCAAGUAUGGUUUCAAAACAACCGUGCGCGAGUACGGCGUAUGUCAAAUGCGAUAACCGUGUCGGACCAACCGCUCGACUUGUCUACAAAAAAGUCAAACGUCUCAGUGACAUCUAGUCCGUCGCCUUCGCCUUGCAGCAUUUCAGUGACACAUUCCGAUUCCGAAGAAGCGGUGAAUUUAAGUCAAAAAUCUUCGCGAAGUACGACACCGUAUCGCAAGAAUUACGUGAACACUUAUCCACAUUCCAAUUGCUCUUCUUCUUCCGACUUUCGACUAUCGCCAUCUCCCGGUGAGACUCAGAAACGUUCUCUUGCUAAGAUGGCAGUUAAUCCGUUAAUACCUAUGGAUAAACUACUGCAAUACAAUGACUUAGCCAAUGGGUUACUGAAUAUGCACACGCCAGAUAGCAGGCAAGCAUCUAGCCCGCUAUACGAUCGCUCGGUUUGGAGCGAUGAAGUUAAACACCAACCCGAAUACGACGACGACGCAACUGUACUUAAGAAGAGCAAGUUGAAAGGAAACGAUAUUAAGGAAGGCGAGGGACAAUUUGUAUGCGAUCAAUGUGACAAGACUUUUGUGAAACAAAGCUCCCUAGCGAGGCAUAAAUAUGAACAUUCAGGUCAACGACCCUACAAAUGCUUGGAGUGCCCCAAGGCGUUCAAGCACAAGCACCAUCUGACGGAACACAAGCGACUCCACACCGGAGAGAAGCCCUUCCAAUGCUGCAAGUGUCUCAAGAAGUUCUCGCACUCCGGAUCCUACAGCCAACACAUGAACCACAGAUUUGCUAUUUGCAAGCCUUACAGGGACUAAACACCCGACUUUCACUGCUAGGAAUGUUAUAAAACAAUUGCUACGAAGAAAAAUGUUAAAUAGUCAUUAUCUUAGCUAGUUAUUCACUCUUGACAAUAUAAAUGUUUAUUAAUUAAAUCCCAUUUUAGUGACACAUUCCGAUGAUUGUUAGCUAAAAGUUGACUACGUAGUCGCUACCAAAGACGUCGAUCGCAAACCAAAGAGAAAAGAAGUGCCAUAGACAAUCGAUGUAGUUUUUUUUAAGAUUUAAGUUACUGGUGUAGAUAAUAAAAAGAUAAUAAAGUAUUUGUCGCUCGGUAUUUAUAUAUUCGGAUGUAAUUUUACACAUUGCUCAACGCCAUAAUAUUUUUUUAAUAUGUAUUUUAUUUGUAAUGUGCCAAAUGUACCAAAGAUGUGCCAUGUUUACCAAAAAUUAUAUUUUAAGUAGUUGUACUGAUUCAAAAACAGUACCUGUAGCAUAAUACUCAUUUUUUAAAACCAAGCCAUAAUACGUAUUUAGUUAGCAAUAGUCGUAGUUAGAUAUACUCAUAAAUCAUUAUCUUUUUUCCCAUUAUUUUUCAAAGAUUUACAAACGCUAAUAUUAUUUAUCUUAAAUUAAUCAACACCUAUUCUUUCAAUAGCUAUAAAUAACCGAAUUCAUAAUAACAUGCACUUUUCAAUAAAUUCAUGUAAUAACGUAUAACUCACGUUCAUCAGUAUUGUCAUCAUCAGCGUAGUAAAAUCUCUAAAUUUCUAUAUUCUGUUAACUUCUAAUGAUAUAAAAUAUUUAGCUAGUUUCUAUCUUAAUUAAGUGAAAAGCAUUCCAGAAUACUCCUAUGGGAUCUCUACUGUGUUUAAAAAACUCCUUCUUAGUCCAAAAUUUAGCGUAUGUUUAAUGUAAAUAGAUAUAAAGUUAUUGUAAAUAAUAUAGGGUUAUAUGUACAUAAUGAUGGUUUACAUCGAGUAGGCUAAGCUACCGCGUGAUGCGACUACCGCUAUAAUACAAUGAAUAUGAGGACAAUAAUCAACAUCUGUUUAUUGAAUGCAAUAGGAUAUAAAAUAUAUUUAAAUUUAAUAUUAAUAUAGACCUUGUUAAUAUUUAUUUAACGGAAGCUUAACAUGAGCUGUUGUAGUGUGGAAGAAAAUUGUAUCGUUCAACGGGAAGCGAUGAGAAAUUUGGCGUAAAGCUUAAAUUUUCAAUUAAAAUUUCAAUUUCAUAGCAUGUUUUUACCUUCGCAAUUAUAAUUUUUUACUCUUAUUGUAAAUUUCAAAAUGAAAACGAACUUUAUAACUAACUAACUUAUAUAAAUUUUAAAACUCAUCGUUUCUCGUGAACACAGAUCCAUUUCAUAAUAAAAAUUGCUAAAUCAUCGUUCACGAACCGAUGUACUUACAUUGUACAUACUUUACUUAUUAUAUAUUUUAUAAAGCACUUACGUAGGUAUGAAGCAUUUCAAGGCUCAAUCCGUUUAUAAUUUCAGCAGUAUAUUAGAACAGAAAGUUCCUAACGGUAGGUAAGUUGUUUUCUUGAAAGGUUUCUAUGCAACGAAUUAUGUAAAAAUUCCAGCAAUAUGGUAAUAUUGUGUACAAUUAUAUUUUAGAAGUAAUAUAGACUGCUUUCGAUAAUCCACCAUGAAGCCACCAUUAAUAUGUCAAAAUCCUUUUUUUUCUAAUUAAAAAAAUUUCAUGCUUUUGAUCAUUUAGAUAGGUACCAACAUAAAAAAUCGAAGCUCUAUCAUAUUGUUAACCAGCUGUAGACGUUUGUAAUAAAUAAUAAUGUUUUUUUUUUUAUGUCAGAACAAGCAAAGUUAUGGUUCAAUUUUGUAAAUUUUGGAUUAUCUAAAGCAGUGACGGUAGUGUACAUACAAAAAUACAGUAUUGAAAGCACAUCCACAGCGGAAUGUAAAUACAUCAAAACGUCGCGGUUACAUUUUGUAAAAAAUAAAGAAACAAAAUACGUUUAAAAAUGAGUUUUAUUUUUUUAAAACACGGAUUAAUUAUUGUUAUUUAAUAUUUUGAGUUUUUAGCUUCGGAACUGUGAUCUUUAGCACGUAAUUGUGACGUUUUGAUAUAAUCAGUAUUUAUUCGCUUCAGGUGAAAUCAAAGCUGUAUAAUUUAAUAAUUAAGCGAACAUGUUUUAAAUAUUUCAUAUUUUAUUAUUAAUUAAUGUAAGCGAUUUCAAAAUUGACCGGUGGGCUAGAUAAACCAAAGAAUAAUUAAAUAAACGAUACGGAAACUUGUAUAUAAUACCGUCAUCGUUAGUUUUAGUUUAGUUUCUACGAUGGAAUAAAUUUUAUAUAUAAUAAAUAUUUUAUUUUUAUGAGGCAUUAUGUACUAUGGCAAAGAUUAGUUAUAUUCUUGUGCAAUAUAAUAUUGCAGAGAAGUAUUUCUUUUGUAUAGUUUAAGGCGCUACAGUUAAAACGUGAAUUCCUAUUGCCAUAAUGUGUUUGUGUGCGUGCGGACGUGCGUGUGUGCGUGUGCCGGCGUUUGUUGUAAGCUAAGAACUAGAUUGUUAAACUUACCCAUAGAUUAACAUGUGUUAAAGUAUUGCCUAUAUAAAUUAUAGUAAUUCAUUUUACUUGAUAUUAUAAUGUAUAUUGAAUUUAUGAAUAUUAAAAAUAUAUAUUAUAUUGACAAUUCAAUGCGAAA